AUGCGCGGCUCCACCAUGUUACGAUGGCUUGCGCUGCCACUGCUUGCCACGGCCUCAGUCGUAGAACAGCCCGUGGGCAAGAGGCUAGUCAAGCGAGAGGAAGAGCCGGCCGAUGGCAAGACAACCACCUUCAACGACAAGACCGUACCCGCAUUGCCUGAAUUGACGGGCGAUGCCAUGGACGAGUCUAUCAAGGACGGAUACUGGCUCGUCGAAUUCUUCAGCCCGUACUGCCAUCACUGCACUGCAUUUGCGCCUACGUGGCAGACUCUCUACGAAUACUAUUAUACAUCAGAACCACUACCACAAACGCCAGGUUCAGGCGAGUCGCAUGAUGAUUUGAACAGCUUCAAACGAUAUUACAACUUCAACUUCGCCCGGGUAGAUUGCGUCGCUAAUGGCGAUGCUUGUUCGAAGAAGGGUGUUCAGUCAUUCCCCACGAUUGUGCUAUUCAAGGAUGGUAAAGAGGUGGAGAAGAAGACAGGAGCCAAAGAUCUGGCAGCCAUGAGCAAGUGGGUGGAAUCCGUACUCGAGACGAUUAAGCCAGGUUCGAGACCGAAAGGUGGCCCGAAGUUGCCAAAGGUUGGAGACAAGUCUGCACCCGCAACACCCUUGGAGGCACCUGUAGGCAAGGACAGCGAUGAAAAAGUUACGGCACCUGCGAAGUCGACUGCCACAGCCACCAGGAUUGAGACGCCUACAAAGGAGACACCCAACCCGAGGGGAAAGUCCGUGCCUUUGACAGCAGAGGACUUCCAACGCCUUGUCACUACGACUCGCGAGCCUUGGUUUGUGAAGUUCUACGCACCUUGGUGCCACCACUGCCAGGCAAUGGCACCCAACUGGCAGGGCAUGGCUCGCCAGAUGCAAGGAUCACUAAACAUUGGUGAAGUCAACUGCGAGACGGAGAAACGACUGUGCAAAGAUGUUAAGGUCCGUGGUUAUCCUACCAUCCUCUUCUUCCGCGGCGGCGAACGAAUCGAAUAUGACGGUCUCCGUGGAGUUGGUGAUCUUGUCAGCUUUGCGAACAAGGCAGUGUCUGUCGCAGAUGGCAUUCUCGAUGUCAACGCCGCCUCUUUCGAAGAGAUGGAGAAGAAGGAAGAGGUCAUCUUUCUCUACUUCUACGACGAUGCCACCACCAGCGAGGACUUUUCCGCUCUCGAACGUCUCACUCUCAGCUUGGUCGGCCACGCCAAGCUCGUCAAAACGAACGACACCCUCCUUAACGAACGCUUCAAGAUCAGCACUUGGCCACGUCUUCUCGUCAGCCGCGAUGGCAAGCCGACUUAUUAUACCGGCCUCUCACCUCGCGAUAUGCGCGACUUCCGAAGGGUGCUCAACUGGAUGAAAUCAGUCUGGCUUCCAAUCGUUCCUGAGCUCACAGCAUCCAAUGCUCGUGAAAUUAUGGACGGAAGACUCGUCGUUCUUGGCAUUCUAUCUCGUGACCGACCUGAAGAGUUUGUUGCUGCGAAACGUGAGAUCAAGAAUGCCGCUCUAGAAUGGAUCGACAAGCAGACACAGGCGUUUCAACUCGAACGGCAAGAACUUCGUGAUGCCAAGCAGCUGCGUAUCGAAGAGGCUGAAGAUCGCAACGAUCAACGAGCUCUACGUGCAGCGAAAAGCAUCCGCAUCAACAUGGACGAUAUCGAACGCAAGGAAGUUGGUUUCGCCUGGGUCGAUGGCCUUUUCUGGGAGAGGUGGAUCCGGACUACCUUUGGGAUCUCUGUUGCGGACGGGGAGAAGGUCGUCAUCAAUGAUGAAGACAACCACCGAUACUGGGACGUGACAAUGACCGGCAACCCGAUUGUCCCUAGCCGAACGUCCAUCCUCGAGACCCUGCCUCGAAUUGUCGCCAACCCGCCCAAGAUCGCUGCAAAAAGCACCACGAAUGCCAUUGGUCAUGUCUGGUGGGUCGUCAAGGGCCAAGUCUUCGAGCACCCACUUGUAUCGGCUGGCAUCCUUCUGGGUGUACUGAUCGUCGCCGCCAUCUACGGACGAAGACACAUGCCGACGACAUUCGGCCAAGGCGGAUAUAUCAAACUCAGCGAGAAGAGCGGUAUGAACGGUAUAUUGGGUGGUAAUAAUGGUGCACAGGGGAAGAACGAUUAA